AUGUUCGCCAAGGCCAAGGGAAUCCUCGAUAAGAGUUCAUCCAUCCGUGAUGAAGUUAACGAAGGCAAUUACCAUGCCGCCAAAGACAUCGUGACCAAAGGUGAAACCACCAAAGAAUCGACCAGCCAGGGAAACAAGGCCAAUGAGAUCGUCGAUAAAAGCUCAUCCGCCCGCGAUGAAGUCAACCAAGGCAAUUCCAAUGGCGCCAAGGAAGUUCUCACCCAAGGUCAAAACAGCAAAGAAUCGUCUGGACGGGGAGCUGUCGGCGGGGCAUCAAUCAGUGCUGCUGGAAUGAACAAUGAAGACCUUAACAAGGGGAAUGUUCAGGAGACCGGAAAGCAAGGUAGGAAAGGACGGGUCGGCCAAGACAACACCGGUACCUCUACUGGCGAAACGAAGGUGGAGCAACGAGACAUUGGCAGCGAGAAGCAAGAAGUUGGCCAGGAACAGCAUGUCAGCAUCAUUACAAAUGAAGAUACUGGCUCUAAACAGCAUGGUCACAGAGACAAUGUGGCGGCCGGAGAGCUUGAACCCAAUGACGACAUCCGCAAGGGCCCAAUCACGAUGCCGGGAACCUUCCAAGAAAAGGACUUCCACAAUGCGAACGGUAAAGAAACUAUCGUUCAGAGAGGAACCACCAGCGAAGAAAUACCAGACAACUUUUCUUAUGAUUCCGCGGGAGCAGGAAGCCAAAAAAUGACUGGAUUAGCCGUCGCUGGAGGUGAAUCUCGCAAGGAACCUAUUGACAAAGAGGUCCAUGACAACGAGAACAUCAGCUCGGACGUCCUCAACGAUGGGACCACUAGCAAAGACCUCCCAAAGAAACUCGUCGACGAAAAUGUUGGAAAAUAUCAUAUCGACAAAAAACAGCUUGACAAGCAGGGCUCUCAGCCUUCCGAGAAAGCAGGGACAAGCGAAGUUGCUGCCACCGAUGCUGCCGGCGGCGGCUAUGGUAUGAGCAAGGGAGCCGUCAAACAGACCUAUACCACCAGAAAGCAGAGCAAGGGACAUUCCGGCUCUAGCACCAAUGCAGCCACAGCCCAAGGUCCUAUCUCCGCAAGCUCAAAGAGUAACGUUGCUUCUACCGUGGGAGAACAUGGCCGUGCAAGCGGAAAAGGGGCGGCCGCCUCAAACCAGACGAACAGCGGGGGUUAUACUUAUGCCCGUGCGGUAUCAAAUCAAGGCUUAACUCCGAAAACCCCGACAAGCACAGGAAAUUCCACCACCAAUGAAUCCAACCAAACAAGUGGUCUACGUUCUACCACCACGAGCCAAACAAAUAAUGCCUUCUACAAUGCCGGCGCCACUGGAUCGAACAAAGCAGGCAUCGUCGGUGGAGGAGUUCUAGGACUUCACCAAGAAGGUAAUUAUGGUAUAUCCGGCAAUGACAACAGCGGAGUCAAUCAAGGAAGCAUUGCUGCAGGAGGAGGGACUCGCCAGGGGGGUGUCUAUAAUACCUCCGGCAAUGACAGUUUCAGCAAUAGAGUCACCCACGCCAGCUCCGGUACCAAGAGCAGAGCCGGAAAUGGGGUGUCUUCGAAGCGCAUUGUUACACAGCUGAGUGGUUGUGGCUACAAACUCACUAUUCUUCAAGAAAAGGUUCAGGCUGUGUCUCAGAAGUGCAAGACUCAGCUGGGCCUGUUUCCCAGUGAGAUCAGCAAACGCAGCCCCAACGUAGAUGCUUUCUUUGAUGCCGUGGCAGCUGAACGUCUCCGAUGGAUGCCUCAUGAUGGUAGCAGACUCGACUGCAGCCUUAGAUGGGCGUCUAGACUGGCGUAUGCCGUCGACGCUCUUCGGGAGUCCGUCGGAGUCUUUGCGCCUGCUGCCAAUGAGGCGGCAACGCUCAUCUGGGGAUUCUCUGUCCUCCUUUUGGAGUCAGACAUGGACAAUACGGAUGUCUUCGAGAGCGUCUUUGGCCGAUAUGGCCGGGUCGCCGUCGGUAUAUAUUUGCUUUUGCAGUACGAGAUUGCAUACAAAUCCUCGCCUGAACUUCAGCCAUAUGUUGCCGCGGUAUUCGCAGAUUUGCUUGAAAUGGUCAGUAGCACGGCUAUGAGCUGUGUCGAGGGAUUUAAAAGCAAAGAGUCCGAUCAGAUUAUUGGACGCAACGUUGAUGCCGCCUUUUUGACCUACGCCAAGCGCUUUUCUACCCACUGGAAUUGUGUUGUCGAUGCCCACACUGCAAAGCUCGUGGAGGACAGUCCCUUGAUUUACUCUUCGCCUGAGCUGGGUAGCUUGCGUCAAUUCCUGGGAGUACAGGACCGCCCUCUUCAGUUCAUCCUCGACUCUCGCGCUCACUCGCUUGCUGAGGGAUCGUUUGAGUGGUUCAACAACAUGCUCUACGAUUUCAGUGUCGGAAGCUCACCUGUUAUGCUAAUUUCCGGUGGUCCUGGCUCGGGAAAGAGUGCAUUAGCCCAAUGGGCGGUCGAAAGACUACAGGAGUCGGGUGAACACGAUAGCUGGAAUGUGAUCCCCUACACCAUUCGUGCUGAUAUUCCUGUCGCUACUUUACCUCUACGCAUCCUGAAGGGUGUCCUUCACCAGAUGUUGGAUCAUUCUGUCAGUGACAAGCAGACCCAAGAGGCUAUCCUGGUUGAAGUCGCAAGGGCAGCCCAAGGGGCGAUCGAUGGCGCUGGAGAUGACGCGGUAGAAGCAAGCCUUUGGAAGGGUAUUCAUGCUGGUCUUGCUACAAACAUCCAGUACAUGUUUGUGGUUGACGGCAUCGACCAGAUCAGGGGUGGUCAUACCAAUGCCAUUGCCUGUCUUGAUCGCUUCUGUGAGAUUCUCUCAGAACAGAAUGCUGGAUCUAAGAUGAUUGCUUUCACCCGGCCCCUGAGCUCAAAGACCGACUCCAAAGGAAUUCAGCAGUUUUCCAUGCAGACCUCACAGACUAAGAGCGACCUCAUAGCCUAUGUCGACAAGAUGCUUGCAUCUAGCGCCAACUUUGACACACACAAGGGCAACCAGCUUCAUGCCGCUGUGUCUGCCAUUGUAGCCCGCUCUCAGGGCUCUUUCAGUUGGGCUGAAAUGGCGGUUGCAUAUGCUAAACAGCAAAAGACCUUGAGCCAGGCGGUUGCCUCCAUUCAGGGCCUGCCGCAGUCGAUGCCGGAGCUUAUUGAUUUCCACUCCAAGAGUCUUGACCUUAGCCAGCAGGGUACUAUUAGUGUUGUUUCUUGGCUCGCGGCAGCUGAGAGACCCUUGCUAGUCGAGGAGAUUGAGCAUUUGCUGAACGUGGAUCCCAAGGGCCCCAGAUACUCCUCCAAUCAGCCCUCUAGUAGCUAUGACAUCUUGAAUGCUCUAAGCCCGCUGGUUAUGACCCGUGAUGGUGUGGUCUCUUUCUCUCACACCUGCAUUCGCGAUCACAUCAUCAAUCAGGCUAAGUCGUCUGGUGGGGAGUCCCAGCUCAGCAUCAAGGAUGCACACUACGACUUGCUCACCAGGUGCCUUUCCUGCGUCCAGUUGAGCGUGCGUGAGGAGGUUGAUAUUUCCAUGGAUAGGCUGGGUAUCGAGGAGCGCAACCAUCUUUUCGACAAGUAUGUCGUCUUGGAGUACACCGCACGAUACUGGCUGUCACAUCUUCUCUCUUCGCCAAUUGUCACCGAUGACGAAGAGUUCCAAUUUAAUUCAAGAUUCAAAAAGCUCAUGCCUGCCACCGUUCUGUUCGCGCGCCUCGAGCUGACUUGCCGCGAGUCCCAAUUCACUCGGUCUAGCGUCGUGGAGCUGUACAGACUUGCGAGUGACAUUCGACGAUUGGUCCUUGGCGAGAAAUCGAUCGCCCUGCUACAAAGCCUGAUUCUCAGCGCACGCGUGUCCAAGAUGGCGCAUGCCAGCCACGCCGAUGAGACCUGCUACAAAGCGUGGAAGCUAAGCCAGGAGCUCCUCGGCCAGUCACACCCGAUUACAAUGGCAUGCUCUGAGAUGAUGAUACAGUCAUUCUCCGAACAAGGCACGAUUGCCUCUCAGCAGGAAGACAUCCUGAAGUCCUUGAUCUUGACAGAUUCGGAGAUCACAGGGGUUGAAUUCAAUCAACGCCUGAAGUACCUUGGAAUGAUCGUCAGCAUGUACAAGACUCACGACGACAACCAAUCCGCGUUGUUCAUCUCAAAGCACUUCUAUCAGCAAGUUCUUCAGAAGUAUGGUACCAAUUCGCACCAGUCAUCCGAGACAGCAGAUUUCUUGACCAGUCAGUUCUCGACAACUGGAAGCGACGAGGUGAGCCGUGACAUUGCUAGAACCAAGUAUGACAAUAUGGUGCGCACUAUGGAGGUCACUGACGAGCGCCGAAUCUCCUACACUCUUCACAUGGCCAAGAUGUAUGAGGACCAGGGUGAAUUGGCUCUUGCUCAGGCAGUUCUUUCAAGCCUGUGGGCGGGUCUCAACUCACGCGACAUUGACUCGGUUGAUAUGAUGGACAAAAAGUCUAAUGUCGCCCUUGUGUACUACCAGUUCCUUCGUCGUCAAGGUCGAAGUGAUGAAUCUGAGGUCAUAAUCCGUGAAUUGGUUGCAGAUCUCGAGGUUACUGGUAUUCACUCCGAGGAGAUGAUGCAGCGUGUGCACCUUCUCCGCGCUGAGACUCGGGAGAUGCUUAUGUACAAUCUCGAUCGCUCCUUGUCAAUUCUUAUGUGGCGCUACUACAAGGAGACCCACCAAGAGUACUCAGAGGAAUCAACCGCUCUAGCGCUCUCAAUUGCUCAGAGCAUGGCAAAUGCAGUCUCUAUUGAGGAUGCAUCCUCUCUGUCUUCUCGGGACCGCAAGCUGCUAAUUGAGCUGCUGGACGUCAUCUCGGCCAGUCCCGACAAUAUGACUGUCACUACCUUGAUCCUGUGCCACAACCUUGCCAGUAUCUAUGUCAGUGAGGGAGAUUGGACCCAAGCUAGUGAAUGCUCAAUGGCGGUUCUGCGGCAUAUCUGGCCCACCAUUGAACAGUCCAAAUCUCACCAGAAGUUCUCGCCAGAGCUUGCACCCCCCGCGGCAGAUUUGGCUUUGGUGUUGGCCUACUGUCACUUCCGCAGGCUACAUUUAGAACAUGCUGCAGUUAUUUAUGAGAAUGCGGUCGGUUCUUUGAUCUCUUCUGCCGGAGUUCCCGUGGCGUCGGUGCUAGCAGUUGCCAAGGCUGCCGUCGAGUUCCACGAAACUACCUAUCAGUUCAACAAGGCGCUGAAUUUGCUCCAUACUAUCAGCAACUACUUGGCAGCUCGUCUCGGAGAGAAGCAUGAGCAUACCAUCAACAAUAUGUAUCUCGAGGCUGCUUUGGCAACUCGUCUGGAGAAGAACUCCGAGGCCAAGAGCAUCUACCAGCGAAUCUUCAAGGCUACUUCCCAUCAGGUCACGAUUGUUCCCGAGGGUAUCGCCGCUGCAAUUGCUCUCAUCAGCCUCUACGAUAAAGAGAUGCAGUGGGAUUCUGCUUUGCAUGUUUACCGAGCUCUUUGGCCGACCCUGGUUGUUGAAGACAACAAGGCAGAUUCCUAUGACCAUGCGCUAGUGGACCGGAUGUUGGAGAAGACUUAUUUGGGCUAUAUGUCUAUUUUGACCAAUAAAAGCUCCAACUUCUCUGAGCGGUAUCGGGUGGCCUCUGAGUAUGUAAUGACCUGUCGCCACUUACACGGCGCAACAAGUGAGAAGACGCUCAAUGCCACUUUACUCCUUGCCGAGCUGUGUGAGUCGAGCGAUGCACAUGUUGAUCAAGCCAUUUCGCUUUACAAGUUGCCUCUGGAAACCAGCGAGUGGGUGGCUCCUUCUCAGUCGUCGAAGGGGCUAGACCAGAUGACUUCGUCGCUGCCUAUCACCCUCAAGCACAAGUUGGCACAGCUGUUUGUGCGCAAGCAUGAUUCGACUAUAGAAGCCCGUUCCCUCUACACUGAAGAGUUUCAGCUGGCCAAGAAGAAUCAGGGCUACUUUUCCACCACGACUCUCUCCUGGCUCCGUGAACUUGCCCUCGCCCAUUCGCGACAAGGAACUUCCUCUUCUGUCCAGCAGGGUAACGCUAUUCUCCACGCAUACUCCACCGAUGUUUUGCAUGCCGACGGUGACACUGACACAGUGGGUGACUGGGCCCGCCGGAUCGCAAGUAUCUACCUCGAGUGCGGAUUCAUUGAAGGCGGUAAUAAUCUCCUUGACGAACUCCGCCACCGCGUGGUGUACAGCUUGGAAUCUUCUUCCGCGGUGGAUUUGAGCGAUCGUCGCGAUGCCGUAUUUGUUGCUGCCUUCGAGGAAGUCUUUGGCAGGCGUGCCAGCUACGACCAAAUCAUGUCUGAGAUGGCUCGUGAGAUGAAGACCUCUAGGGACUUCUCUAAGAGUCUGUCUGGUCACGAUUUCAUUCCCACUUUGAUCAUUGGCCACAAGCUCUACAGUCUCCAGGUUGGCCAGAAGCGAGUUCGCGCUGCCAACGACACCAAGGACAAGUUGUACGACUACUUCUGCUCCAACCUGUCUGCCACCAAGGUGGCCGACAAGGAGAUCGUGCAGCAGUUCUAUCAGAUCUGCCUGCGUGAGGUCCACAGAGAAAACUAUAGCAUGAAAAUACUCACAACGAGCACUAAUCUCGUUCGUGACUUGUGCAACUCCUCCCGCUUCCAGGAAGCCACCAUCUUGACAGGCGUUUUGCACUCCUUCCUGCAUCUGACCGAUGGUCUCAACAACCAAGAAAGUAUCAACACCGCUAUUCAGCUCUGCCUGUACCUGGGCGGCCACAAGGCAACCAAGUGUACCGACGAAAAGACCUACCAAGCCAUGUCCAUCAAGUCCAAGCUGCUGCUGCAAGAGAUCAUGGCAUCCUCAAAAUCCAUGGGUAUCGAGAUGGUCGACCUACCCUUCAACCAACUCAACGACAUUAUCACCCUUCUAGGCCAGCACGAGAUGUUCGAUGAGCUGGAAGCCAUUCUCACCCAACUCUGGACCUCACGAAUCGUCCAGCGUACCUGGACACCGGAUGUGGUCGUGUGGAUCGGCCGACGUCUAGUCGAAACCCGCUUCUGCCGCGGCAACGUCGAGUCCGCCAUCCAGUUGUGCCGCGACAUCUGCUACAACCUGCGCCAGGUGUGGGGCAGCUGCGACCCGGUUACACUGAACAUGACCAAGCUUCUUUCAGCCCUGUUCACAGCCUCAGAGAACCACCAGUCUGCAGCGACUCUACACGAAGGAAUUCUGUACGAUCUGCUCAGCGACUCCGAAGCAGAGGGCCAUGCCAAUGUUGCUGAUACCGCAUCGCAACACAUGGAGCUACUGCGCCGUGCCCAGGCACGUCUGGGACCAGACUCAAAAUCGAACCGGGCUUCGGCGCAUGCGGAACUGUCCCAAUCAGUUGCCGAUCGCUUUGGUGUGCAGUCUGAGCAGAUCAAGAAUGUUGGCGAUGCUAAUGGCGGUGAGCAAUUCGGUGUUUGGUCGAAGCCGAGACGGUUUAGUAUCGAUGUUGAUGAUAUGGAGGAGGAGGGCCAGACGCAUCACAAUCAUCUGCGUGAGUCCAGCGGUGUUGGGUUGAGUGGUAGUGGCACUCAGAGACGUAUCUCGGUGCAGGCUCUCUAA